CCCCACGAGAUGGUCGGUAGAUCCGCCCUCGCCUUGCCUCCGCGCAACAAUCGUGCGCCCACUCCUCAUCGCAAUCGCCUCGCUCCCUCAACCGCGCGUUCCCCUCUCCCACACCCGCCUCGUUCGCCUCUACCGCGCCAUCAACGCGCCUCCCCCGCCGCACACCCCGUCCUCCCCAUGCCGAAUCGUGAUGGUUAUGCUCCCCACCCACGCGCCACGUGCCUCCUCCUUCCCCGCCGCUCCCACCCGAGAUGGUUAGCUCCCCUCCUCCUUCUGGUCCCUUCCCCUGCCUCACUGCCAGCCAGCGAUGGAGCAAGGCCAGGGGAUUCGCCGGAUUCACCGAGCGGGCUCUGGUGGCGGCCGGCGCUGCCGUCGUGUCCGCCAUUCUUGUCAACCCCCUUGACGUCGCCAAGGUACGCCGGUGACCCUGUCGUUGCCUCUUUCGCUUCCUCUCAACUGCCGCCCCUCAACCCUCGACACUUGCUCACAACUGUCGCCAUUGCCCGCUCGCCAUGGCGCUAAAAUAAACCCCCUCUGCGGCCGCCCCGUAUCCUCUCGCUGCGGCCGCGGGCUGGGGAGCACCGGCCUUGGCAUCGUCAUAGCCGCGGGAGUCUUCGGCGCCGCCGCCUCGUUGCUCCUCGCCUACUUCUUCUGGCAGUGCACCGGGAAGGGCAAAGGAGGCCGCCGUCGCCACAGGCGCGGCACCAGCGAGUCGGGCGGUGGGGAAGACGGGAGCUGGUGGACCGAGAGGCUGCGGGCGGCGCACAACCGCCUGGUCCCGGUCUCGCUGUUCUAGAAGCCCAUCGUGAAGGUCAAGCUCGCUGACCUGAUGGCCGCCACCCAUGACUUCAGCACUAGCCACAUCGUGGUCGCCGGGAGCUCGCGGGCGGGGACAGCUUACCGAGCCGUGCUACGGGACGGGUCUGCGCUGACGGUCAAGCGCCUGCACUCGUGCCCACUUUCGGAGAAGGCGUUCAGGGCAGAGAUGGGUCGUAUGGGGCAGCUGCGGCAUCCUAACAUCGUGCCACUGCUGGGCUUCUGUGUUGUCGAGGACGAGAGGCUGCUGGUGUAUAAGCAUAUGGAGAGUGGGGCUCUUUCAUCGGUGAUGAAGAAGCCAGGGGAAGCGCCGCUGGAUUGGGCAACGCGACUUAGGACCCCCGUGGGGGCAGCAAGGGGGCUUGCGUGGCUGCACCAUUGGUUCCAGGUUCCGCAGAUUCACCAGAAUUUGAGCUCGAGUGCAGUGCUUCUCGACGAGGAUUAUGAUGCUCGGAUCACGGAUGUUGGGCUCACAAGGUUGGUCCGGAUGGCGCCUGGCGAGGGUGGUGAUACCAGUCCUUUCCUGAACGGGGACUUUGGGGAGUUUGGCUAUGUUGCUCCAGAGUAUGCUAGCAAUCCAGUUGGUACGAUGAAAGGCGAUGCGUAUGCAUUUGGGGUGAUAUUGUUUGAGCUUGUUAGCGGGCAGGAGGCUGCUGCUGUGGUUACUGACGUGACGGGUGAAGGAUUCAAGGGGACAUUGGUGGACUGGGUUAACCAGCUCAAGGCUUCUGGUCGAAUCAGUGAUGCUAUUGAUAAACCAUUGCGUGGAAAGGGCCAUGAGGCAGAGAUUCAGGAGUUCUUGAAGAUAGCUUUUGCUUGCACCCAGCCCCGUGUGACGGAGAGGCAUUCAAUGUAUCGGGUUUUCCACGCUCUGAAGAGCAUCGGAGAGGGCUGCGAUGUCACGGAGCAGUUUGAUGAGUUCCCAUUGGCCUAUAACAAGGAUGAUUCAGACGCUAUUUAGCUGAUGAUGCUGAUUGCCAAUUCGAUUGUGGAAAUGUUUGGUCAGGCUUAUUGAUGAUAUAUAUAUUUAGCCUUGCUAUGGACAGACCGGAAGCAUAAAUGAGUGAUAAGAGAACAAUAUCGAGGCACCAAAUCUAGCGCCGGAUGCCGGGUGGUCAAUUACAUCGUUGCAUCGACAGGGGAUGUGAUAACCAUAAGUAAUAUUGCUCGAAAAUGUAGAGCUGACUCUUGAAGCCUUUGACUACAUGCAGCUGCCAUUCACGCUGAAAGGACAAAUUAGGAAGCUAAGCAUCUAGAUAGGAGAAUUUGAUUGGUUCGUGUCAAUAUUUAAUUUCUUAGCUCACUCUGUUCAUGCCUUUGUGGUUCAUGGACAACUGCUGCUACGUGCUCCCUUCCCCGACAGCGCAUUCUAACACGGCAUGAUACACCAGCAACUGGAAUGUUGUCAACAUCAGCGGCAACGACGACAACGCCACAUCGAGAAACAACAACUGUGGGCCAGGGAGCACAAUCCCGUGGUGCGGUGACUUGCCCACGUUUGCCAUGCUGCCUUGAUGCAUGGCACAUCAACAAGAAGAGCACCAGUUUGGAAGGCUAAUUCCGAAGGAAUUGAGAUGUGCAGAGGGAGAUGAAGAAUGUGGAGAAAGACAUCAGGGUAGCUACCAAGCGCAAUGACAUGUUAUCUGCAAAGAGCUGAUGCUGCUCGGAGUCAUCUCGCUGCUGCUCAGCCAGACGACACUCUUCAUAUCGGAGAUCUGCGUGCCGUCCUCGCUCUUCACCAGCCGCUUCUACAUCUGCUCUGAGAGCGACUACCAGGACCUGCUGCGCAACACGGACGCCAACCAGACGGCGCUCGACAAGAACAUGUUCGGUGGCCAGCGGCUGCACGUCUGUGGCGAGGUAUUGUUAACCCAGAUGUCCUGCUCCCAGCCUAUUAAGGUCAAUGGAACUGGGAGUGGAGUAGACUGUUCACUCAUCGCUUGGGUUGGAACCUAAUCUGUCACUUGUAGGGCCAUGAACCUUUUGUUUCGUACGAGGGCCUUGAGCAGCUGCACCGGUUUCUCUUCAUCCUUGGUAUCACUCAUGUGUUGUACAAUUUUGUAACAGUGGUUCUGUCCAUGAUCAAGGUUCGUGCU